AUGCCUUCAGACAGUUCACAUAUUUCCAUUCAGAACUCGCCCCCAGUGGCGGUUCUGGCCUAUUGUAUGUCGUCGAUUAUGAUGACUGUUACUAAUAAGUACGUGUUAUCGGUUGGUCAUUUCAAUUUCAACUGUAUUCUUCUGGCAGUGCAGUCUUUUGUCUGUUUGAUUGUUAUUCUUGGUUUGAAAUCUGCUGGUAUUGUCAACUUCCGUAACUUCAAUUCUGGUGAGGCCAAGAAAUGGUUUCCUAUUUCUGUUUUGUUGGUUGCUAUGAUUUACACUGCUUCCAAGGCUAUGCAGUACUUAUCUAUUCCUGUUUACACUAUUUUCAAAAAUGUGACCAUCAUUCUUAUUGCUUAUGGUGAGGUUCUUUGGUUUGGUGGUAAUGUCACUCCCAUGGCUUUGUUAUCUUUCCUUUUGAUUGUUCUUUCAUCAGUCGUCGCGUCUUGGGCUGAUAUCACUUCUGCUGCUCCUGGAAGUGAGUCUGCUGCCUAUGGUAUUUUCAACCUGGGCUAUUUCUGGAUGUUUGCCAACUGUUUGUCCAACGCUGGUUUUGUUUUGUUCCUUCGUAAGCGUAUAAAGUUGACCAACUUUACUGAUUUGGAUACCAUGUUCUACAACAACUUGCUGUCCAUUCCUGUUUUGCUUGUUGGUUCUAUUAUUUUCGAGGACUGGAGCGCUGAGAAUGUUGCUCUUAACUUCCCCCCUGCAACCCGUAAUGUUGUCUUCUCUAUGAUGAUUCUUUCUGGUCUCUUCUCUCUUGGUAUCUCGUAUACAUCUGGUUGGUGCGUUCGUGUUACCUCAUCUACCACUUAUAGUAUGGUCGGUGCUCUCAAUAAACUUCCCGUGGCUCUGUCUGGUCUGAUCUUCUUCGACACUCCCGUAACCUUUGCCAACUGCUCUGCCAUCUUCCUUGGUUUCCUUGCCGGCAUUGUCUAUGCUGUCGCCAAGGUCCAACAACAAAAACAGAAGGAUAACAUCCUCCCUACCUCCAACAAGGCCUAA